AUGGGUCCCCAUUCUGCUGGGGUCCAACUGCAGGAUGAGGGUUUUGAUGUCUGCAGCCCAGUGGUUCUCAACCAGGGGUCCCCCUGGGGAUACAGCGAGAUCUUCCAGGAGUUCACCGAGGAUGAAGAUGCCUCAUCGGUGGACAUCUCACUCCCUCAGAAAAUGGAGACUCCCAAAUCUAAGGCUGUUCUGGCACUCCGGAAACCAAAGGUCCCCAGAUCUCAGAGCAAGAGGCUCAAGUACAUCCUGCAGGCGAGCACCAAAAUCAAAGGGGGAUGGCCCCGGCCCCCCCUUAAUUACUGCAUCCUCAUCACCCUGGCCCUGCGUAACAGUGCAGAAGGCAGCCUGACUGUGCAGCAGAUCUACCAAUUCACACGGCAGCACUUUCCCUUUUUCCAGACAGCCCCAGAUGGCUGGAAAAACACCAUUCGUCACAAUCUGUGCUUCAGUAGCAGCUUUGAAAAAACCUCCCACUUUGUGUGCAACGAGGGCAACCGCAAGUCACGCCUGUGGAAGCUGACACCAGAAGGGUGCAGAAAGUUCCAGGAAGAGGUACGGGCUCUAUCUGAGGAGGCCCUCGACUUAGUGAGACAGAGCUUGAGCAAACCAGAACAGAUGCAAUCUUUGUUCAGUCUCUGA